AUGUCGUAUCCUCCAUCACCUAGAGGCAAAGCGCCUCCUGCACCCCCCAUGAGACAAAACACAGAGAGAAGAGCCAUGCCAGCACCACCUCCACCUGUAAACAACCAUGUGAGACAAAAUCACCUUCAAGAAAAUAACAAUAUGCAAUCCCCAUUGAAUCGUUUAUCAACUAUUCCUGUUCAAUCUGCUUAUCAUAGCGUAGACAUUAGUAUUCCAGAACCACCACAGACUGAAGCUGGUAAAUGGACAUUUCACUCUCAAAAGGAGUUUCCACCACCACCACCCUUUGAGAAAAAGUUGAAAAGAUAUCCCACUGGCGCAGAAACUGGUUGCUCUAUUCCUAUCGAUCUCUCUCAUCUCCAAGUGUAUCAAUAA